UGGACAUCUCGUGAUCUAAGUGGGUUUCUUUCCAUCAUUUGACUUUCUUCUUUUUUGAAUCUUUUCUUAAUGAAUGAAUAGUGGCAUGCAUUGCCCCAAACCUAGCAAUAUAAAAGAUUCCCCAUAAAAAAAUUUAAAUAAAUAAAAAAUAAAAAGCACACUCGAAAAAGCUACAUUUAGCUUAGCUUGCAAUGUUGAAGCUACACAAAGAUUCCUCCAAACCCCAACCCCACGGAAUUGGAUGUGUGUGGAUGGUGCUGAAUUGUGCCCUAAAUCAAACCCUAGGGGCAUCAUCCAUGCAGCACCCUCAUAAUUUUAAUCCCAUUGGGUCCCACUUAAUCUAGAUUCUCUUCCAAAGCCAAACAUGCCCACACCACAAUCCACCAUCCUUUUCAGUUUCUCCCUCCCACUCAAAGAGUAUUUCCCCCUUGUUUUUAUUUGUCCCUUUGACACAUAUAAAUACCCCUUCCCCCCCUCCUCUUUUGCCACAACACAACACAAUUCAAUUCAUUUCCUUAUCCUCUCUCUCAUCUCCAAACAAACAGCAUUUGCAUCAAUUUACCCUCCACCCAAAAAAACCAAAGCACUAGCUACUACCAAAGAAAGAAGAAACACAAUGUCUGGGGUUUGGGUUUUCAAGAACGGGGUGAUUCGUCUGGUGGAAAAUCCACAGGCUGAGACAUCUUCUAGGAAGAAGGCCUUGGUGCACUUGCCAAGUGGACAGGUGGUGUCGUCCUACUCGACGCUCGAGCAAAUAUUGACCGGGUUAGGGUGGGAGAGGUACUAUGGAGGCGACCCCGACCUCUUCCAAUUCCACAAGCGAUCUUCCAUUGACCUAAUCUCUCUCCCCAGAGACUUCUCCAAGUUCAACUCCGUUUACAUGUACGAUAUUGUCAUUAAAAACCCCAACAUCUUCCAUGUCCGAGACAUGUAGGUGUAGCUAUAUGCGAGUGACACAUGAUCAGUUGGUAUCCUAAAGUUGUGUGAGUCUCAUUUGUUACGUUUAAUUUCCUUCUUUAUGUCAUCCUUAGUUGGUUCAGUGUUUGAUAUGUUUUGGGUUUAAUUUUAUUUGCUUGUAAUAAAGAGUACAUCUACAUGUUGUUUGUGUUAUUUGGGGAUAUAUAUAUAUAUAUUAUAUAUAUUGGAUUGCUUUGUAAAAUAUUGGCUUUGUGAUCAUCUAAUAAGAAGUUCUUGUGAUUUGGAGCAAA